AUGGCUCGACUUUUCUACCUGUCGUCUGCUCUGCUUUCACUGGCGGCUGCUCAAAAGUGCCCCAUCCAAUUUGAUGGACGAGUUCCCGCGGCCGCGACUCCCGAAUCAUUCGAUGCGAAUUCUAGCCCGUACAACCCGGGUUAUGUGCUCGGUCAGAAUCUGAAAUGGAGUAGUGUUCUGCAAUUUCCCUCAGUUAAUAGCUCACUCUUCGACGCAAGCGGCACGAAAGCCGUAGAAGUAACGAUCGACGAUAAAUCGAUAUUCGCCCCAUCAGCCGACAAUGUGCAAAAGGGAUUCCGCCGCGCCGAGCUCCUCCCAACCUCUGUUACAGGAACCGACCCUUCCACAACCGGGCAAAAGACUAUGCACUUUUCAGUGAUGAAAGACGCUUCCCGGCCACUAAACAGCAGCCAUGAGUACCAGCUCUUCUUCCUCGAAUCAAAUGACUACAGCACGAACCAAGUCACCCUGAAGUAUGGGACAAUCCUCGGCGGGGCAAAACCCAGUGAUGCAGAUACGUUGACGGUAACGGGAAAUGUAAAUUCCAGCCCAGUGCAGAACAUCUUUUCCAUCAAGUUUACGCCUGGUGUAUGGCACAACUUCGGGCUUGCGUUGAAUUUCAACUCACGAACAACACAAGUAUACUAUUCCACUGGCAACAACCCCCUCGCUUCAGUCAGCAAAGCGGUGUCGAAUAAUCUCAGCGGACAAGGACAGUACCAUUUCGGCCUCCUGAAGAAACCCAUCGGAGGUGGUUCGGACAUUACUCGUAAUGGGUACCAGCCGUCGAACAUCAAUGAGGGUGUCAUUUUUGGCGGGAUCUUUGAGGAGGAUAGUAGCCAGAAUGCAUGCACCAGUCUGAAGCCAUAA